GCGGCACCGGCGGCACUGCAUGACCAUAACUGAACAAUGUCUGUCCCACGAGGAGCUGUCCAUGCAAAAUGGAUAGUGGGGAAAGUCAUUGGGACCAAAAUGCAGAAAACUGCCAAAGUGAGAGUGACGAGGCUCGUGCUGGAUCCCUACUUGCUAAAGUUCUUUAACAAAAGAAAAACCUAUUUUGCCCAUGACCCACUGCAGCAGUGUGUUGUUGGAGACAUUGUUCUUCUGAAAGCUCUGCCUGAGCGAAGGAGCAAACACGUGAAACACGAACUGGCUGAAAUUGUGUUCAAGGUUGGCAAUGUCAUAGAUCCCAUCACAGGAAAGCCCUGUGCAGGAACCAGAUUCCUGGAAAACCUGUCAGAUUCUGAAAACCUGACCGAGGCAGAUACUACUUAUCUAAGUGAGAAACUUCAGGAACUUAAAGUUUGUUCAACAGACAAAUAGUGGGGGAAAUAGUUUAAGUAGAGGGCUUCCAGCUUUUGUCUCUCUCUGUCAGGGAUGUUUGAGGCCCUGCUGUGAUAUGUUAAAUGUUUCAGUGAAAUCUGUAGUCAAAAUAAAUAGUAAAUGUAGUUGCUUAUGCAAAGAGAUGUUGCAGAUUGAUGGGCACCUGGAGCUUUGAAUGAAAAUGCAGAGAAGAAUGCAAGUUUAGUGUUCACACUUCACUUUGUUGUCUGUAGUUUUGCCCCAGUGACAGUUCCCAAAGGUAGCUGCCCUCCUGGAAUGACCCCUCUGUGUUAAGACAAGACUACAACUGUGUGAUGUUUAAUUUUGGUGGGAGGGUCAUUGUAUUUUUUUGGUUGUUCUGUAUUUCAGGCCAUCUUUUGUGGUUUGUAGGGUUACUGGAGAUGAUGCUAUUAAAGCUUUUGAAAGGAAGUGUAGACUUUUAAAAACCAGCUGCAUGCUUGUGUCCUUAUUUCCUCUUAUAGUGCCUUCUGACUUCCAAACUGUGACAAAAACACAGCCCUUUGCCUUUAUAGUGGCAGAGAGGUGAGAAUCAAAGCUUUGGGCAGCUUAGUGUGGUUGGCUUUGUCAUCUGUCCAAAGGCAGGAUUUCCUUCUGGGAAAGCUGAAUCUCUUUGAGCUGCCAGCAGGACAGGGCAGCUGAUGAGAAUACAAAGCCAAAAAGUAAAAGUAAAGGUGAUUAAAUUUAGUCUUAUCAGAAAAGCUAAUUAAAAUAACACAUUUUGGGGAGAUGGAGGCGCUGGUUUGCUGCAUGAUUUAACGUGGAGCUGAAGACCAGAGCAGUUAAUGAUGAAAGAUGACUUUAUCCUGGUACAGCUCUGGGGAUUUCAUGUCCUCUCCUCCAGGACAUACAGCAAGCUGAGAGCCUGCAGCUGUUGCAGCAGCCUCAUGUUCCUGACUUUGGAUCUAAAAGGGCAUCUGCCUCAAAAUGUGCCAGUGUGGGAGGGGAGAGUGAGAUAUGAGAGCUGUGAG